AUGAAAACAUUAAUUGUCGAUGGAAAGAAGGUCAAGCUUCAGAUAUGGGAUACGGCAGGACAGGAGCGUUUCAGAACAAUUACGCAAAGUUAUUAUCGCUCUGCGAACGGAGUAAUUAUAGUUUAUGAUAUAACAAAAAGGUCAACAUUCUUAUCCCUACAAAAGUGGAUUGAAGAAGUUCGAAGGUAUACUUCAUCAAAUGUUAUUGUCUCCCUGAUUGGUAAUAAGUGUGAUCUAACAGAUCAAAGGGAAGUAGAACCUGAUGAGCCAAAGUCAUUUUGUCGCUAUGUUCCUGAAAUUAUGUUUGUAAUGGAGACAUCUGCUAAAGACAAUACUAAUGUUGAAGACACAUUCCGGAGUUUGGCUACAGAGUUGAAGAGGCAGCAUGACAACAGUGAAGGUCCACCAGCUGAGCCCAACUCAGUAGUUUUAGGUGAGAGCCACUCUGUUGCCACAUGUCAGCCUUGCCGUUCAUCC